AUGACCAACUACGAGGCGAUGCCCGCGGGGCAUCACAGGGAGAGCGUCGAAGGGAGAGCGGCAGAGGGAGAGCGGCGAAGAGAGAGCGGAGAGGGAGAGCGGCGAAGGGAGAGCCGAGGGAGAGCAGCAAAAAGAGAGCAGCAAAAGGAGAGCAGCAAAAGGAGAGCGGCAAAAGGAGAGCGGCAAAAGGAGAGCAGCAAAAGGAGAGCAGCAAAAGGAGAGCGAAGAGAGAGCAGCAAAAAGAGAGCAGCAAAAGGAGAGCGGCAAAAGGAGAGCGAAGAGAGAGCAGCAAAAAGAGAGCAGCAAAAGGAGAGCGGCAAAAGGAGAGCGGCGAAGAGAGAGCGGAGAGGGAGAGCGGCGAUGCCCAAGGUGGUGGCGUUGGGGGGCGGGGGGGGGGCGCAGGACGGGGGGGGAGAAGCACCGGGGGGGUCGACGGGCCGCAAGGACCGGGACAAGUCGCUGCGCUGCUCGGACAGAAGCGUCGCCUCCAAAGAUGUCAAAAAGUCCAAACGCCGACUCUCGUUCACCGCCAGCCCGGCCAGUGAGCCGCCUGACACAGAGCGGAUUGGUCCCGAGCGCAAGCGGCUCAAGAGAGACUCGGGCGGCGUUGGCGGCGCCGGCACCGUGGCGUCCGGCGCCGCCCACGGAGCCACCGGCGCCGCCACCCACGGCGCCCCGGGGGGCACCGGCGCCGUGGCACGCGGCACGCGCCUCUGCCCGCUGUCGGAGCGGCAGCAGCUGGCGCUGCUCAUGCAGAUCUCGGCGGCCGAGGAGGCAAAUCACCACGCUGCAGCACCGUCGCUAAACGGCACGGGCGGCGGCCGCGACACCGCCCACCACCACCAGCAGCAGCACCAGCAGCAGCAGCAGCAGCAGCCGCCGUCGGCGGGUAACCGGCGUGCGUCCGGCACGGAGCCGGCGCCGGCCUCGCCCGCCACGCCGGUGCCGGUGGCGCUCGCCGCUCCUGCCGCCGUCGCGUCGCCGGGGACGGCGGCUCCGGCCACGCCGCUCUCUUCCCCGCUGACGCAGCAGCGGCAGCAGCAGCAGCAGCGGCAGCGGCAGCAGCAGCAGCAGCAGCGUCAUUCUCCGGCAAACUCUCCGGCGUCGGCGACGUCCCAACCGCCACCCGCGGCAUCGCCGACAGGCACCUCAACCACCACCACCGCCGCCACUACCGCCACCACCGCCACCACCGGCGCGGCUACGCAGCCGUCGGGGUCUCGUGCCAAGGACAAGGUGCCUCCGCUAGCCCCUCGCGGUUUUGCCGAACCCACAAACGCCUCCGUGGCAGACGACGUCCUACCGUAG